GCGCUAUCUCAUUGCCGACUACGACCGAAUGCCCGAUACACAAUAUCUUGAACAGGAAUCUGACUGGAGGACUUUUAGGACAGCUGCACCUACCAAGGACAGCACAUCAUACCGGGACUUUCAUGUAUAUGACACAGAACGGACUCGUACACUAUACAGCAGAUGAAUGAGUGGUUUGCCCAGCGUUCCGUUUCCUGUGGUACGAUUACUCGUGUUCGUGGCAUUCCCCAAGUUUCUAAAUCGCGCACAACGUUCACUAUUGGUCGAUGCUCUGCUGGAACUAUUCUUAUCGAUGAAGCUUGGGUACGGGCACAGUCAAUUCGCUAGCAGAAAGUGCGCAUCUCAAUCUCAAUGCCAUGAUGCAUGGAAGCCCAUCUUGCAUGUUUUCCACAUGGUGGCUAUCCCCGAAUGUUUUGCGCUAGCACUAAAAGUGUAGCACGAUGGAAUGAAUGCUCUAUAUUCCAGUCAACGACCUGAACACUCAAGGGAUCAUUAAACGAAAGGGUCAUGGAUGAUGUACUUGUGCUAUAAAUAAGGCGUUAUAUAUACUGAAGAAGAUCGAUUGACACCGACCACGCGCCUUCCCCAACCAGCUUAGUAUGUCACUAUUUUCUGGCAGCCCUAAGCCAGGCCACAGCCCAUAUCCUUCACGUCCUGGAACUCCCCUUGGCAGACUUAAAGAUGUGGUGCGCGAUGUCAUCAAGCAGUAUAGGCACGAGAAGGAGUCUGAAGCCCAUGUCAUUUUCCGUCAAUCUGCUGGCCAUCAACCCAAAGGUCUUAUUCCUCAAAUCGUCAACCCAGACGAAGAAACUGUCCCAGGUAUUGAACAUCCAGGAAGCACUGGGGUCAUCUAUUGUAGCGAACGUGCUAUUGCGAACGGUUUCAGCUACACCGAAUCUCAUUCGUGGGCGAAUUUGGGUCAAGGAGCACCUGAAGUAGGACCGAUCCCAGAUGCACCACCACGACCGAGUUAUGUCAACGUGCCUACGGAUUCAUUGGAGUAUGCUCCCACUACUGGUGUCAAAGCCCUGCGCGAAGCCGUGGCCAAACUCUACAACCACACAUACCGCAAAGGCAAAGCAAGUCAGUACACGUAUGAGAACGUUUGUAUCGUUCCUGGUGGUCGAUCUGGUUUGUCUAGAAUUGCUGCUGUCAUUGGAGAUGUCUACACGAGCUUCCAAGUGCCUGACUAUACCGCGUACGAUCAAAUGUUGAGCGCGUUCAGGAGAUUGGUCCCGGUGCCCACUGCCCUUCAACAAGAGAAAAAGUAUCGUCUUGACCUCGAACAAGUCAGGAGAGAUGUUAUGACACAAGGCUUGGCUGUCAUCCUUUGCUCGAACCCUCGUAACCCUACUGGACAAGUCAUGAAGGGAAACGACUUGAGAGAGCUUGUACACCUCACGAGGGAGGGUACUACAGUCAUAUUGGACGAGUUCUAUUCGUGGUACAUCUACCCUGAAAAUGAGAAAGAUUUCGGGAAGUCAAUCUCCUCGGCUGAAUACAUUGAUGAUGUCAAUGAGGAUGCGGUCGUGAUUGUGGACGGACUGACAAAGAACUGGCGCCUUCCAGGUUGGCGUGUCUGUUGGGUUGUUGGACCAAAGAACCUCAUCUCUGCACUCUCUCAAUCCGGAUCCUUCCUUGACGGCGGUGCAAACCACCCUCUGCAGCUAGCCGCCAUCCCUCUCCUAGAUCCUGCUCGUGUGCAAGAAGAAAAGAUUGCCCUUCAAAGGCACUUCAAAUCCAAACGUGACCAUGUUCUCCGCCGUCUUCACGACCUCGGAUUGGACGUAGAUAUUCCCCCUACCUCUACGUUCUACAUCUGGUUGAACCUCGAAAAACUUCCUGCACCACUCAACAACGGACUAACGUUCUUCGAGGAACUGCUCAAAGAACAAACGAUCGUGAUUCCCGGGAUUUUCUUCGACAUCAACCCGAGUCAUAGGAGGAAUUUAUUCAACUCUCCUUGCCAUCAUUUUGUUCGUUUGUCGUUUGGACCACCGAAAGAGGAUUUGGAUAAAGGUUUGGAUGCGAUCGGGAGGGUGUUGAAGAAGGCGAAGAAGGAAGGAAUGAAGGCGUUUGGGCAUAAUUAUAAGAAGAGCUUGGAUGGGACGGAGAGUCCGGUUGAGGAAAGGCUUCGAGGACAUGUCGAUGCUACGCCUGCGGAGACCGUCUAGAUUUGGGACAAAUCGUGCUCAAAGAAAUGGUAGACAAAGAACGGUUUCUCGAUCUUGAAAUUUAGAAAGUGUAAUGUUCAAUAUUGGUAGACAUGGAACGUAUCAAGGAUUUGCAUCACCUUCACUCGAAUCUUUAUCUUAUCUGAUCACAAUAAGGUUAUGAAGUCUAGAUGUCGUACUCCACCUCAAUCUAGC